AUGUCGACUUUUGUAAUAACCUAUGCACUCAUUCUACUCUUGUUGCCAUAUGGCAACACUCAUCCGGAUCCCCGGAAAACUUCAAAAUCAAAAUUGAGACAAACAAGUGUCGAAGUACCGGAAAACAUAGUCAUACCCGGAGUUAUCGUUGGAGGUGACACCAAAUAUGGUUCGAUGAAAGAAAAGCCCCAUUUCGGUAAAGCCGUGAGUCCUUCGGACGUCAUGGAUCAGAUUAUUAAUAUUUUGGAAACCAAAAGUGGGACGACGACCGAAAGUGUCGUCACUAUAUCGCCGACGACUAAAGUCUACAAUCCGGUUGCGGUCAAGAACAAAGAUCCGAAGGUAGUCCUGGAGCAUUUGGAGGACAUCAUAUCGGCUUUGAAGCAUCUGUCGAAGGAGGCGAAGAAGAACGAGGAAAGUGACAAAGGGGAUGAGGACAAGAAAGAGAGGGAAGAGGACAAGAAGGAUGAGGACAAGAAAGAGAAGGAAGAGGAUAAGCAGGAGCGGGAUGAGAAAAAGAAAGAGAAGGAAGAGGAUAAGAAGGAGCGGGAUGAGGACAAGAAAGAGAAGGAAGAUACAAGAAAAAUGACGAAGAUUAUAAGAAAAUUGAUAUAUCGACACAGAAAUAUGAGGUAA